AUGUUAACUUCCUUCUCAUGGGUUCCAAAGGGCGCCAUGAAGCCUGUCCCAAUUCACUCUGCUGACAGCAUCGACACUGUGCGGGCAAAGCUGCGGCGACAAAACCCCGAACUUGCGGCGGAAGACGAGGAACGAGAGGCAGCAGCAACGACCGCUUUACAGCCACUGGGCGACGUCAGCAGUGACGAUGACGGUGACAACACGGACAACCUGCAGUUCGGUGGGGGUGCUGACACCAUCCUCGAGCAGGUGGAGUCUGAGGAUGAGGAUGAGAUGAACGACACGAACUUCAAGGAGACAGACCUCAUCUUCACCGUCGCCGCCGCAGAGGCGCCGCGUCCCCGCCUAGAGCUGUACGUGUACGACGAGCCAGAGGACAGCAUGUACGUCCACCACGACAUGGAGAUCACGGCGUUUCCGCUCACCACCGCGUGGCUCACAGACGGGGCGAUGUCGCUUUGCGCCGUUGGAACCAUGCGGCCGUUUGUGGAGGUGUGGAACCUCGAUGUGCUUGACGCGGUGGAGCCAGCGUGCCUGCUCGGCGGUUGCGUCAAGUGGGAGGACAACUACCGAAAGAGUAUCAAGGCGCGUAUGCUGAAGCCCGACUCGCACACGGACGCGGUGAUUUGUGUCCGCUGGAACACCUGCGCGCAGCACAUCCUGGCGUCCGGCAGCGCGGACUGCAGCAUCAAGCUGUGGGACCUCAACAGCUCCACCUGCAUCGGCACAUAUGCCGAGCCGGAAAAGCUGCAGAGCCUCGACUGGCACCGCGAGGAGGCGAACCUGCUGCUCUCUGGCGGCUUCGACGCCACGAUGAUACUGCGCGACUGCCGCACUCCCAACCAGCCCGCACUGCGCUUCGCCACCGGCAGCGUUGUCGAGCACGUCGAGUUCGCCCCCCACAGCGGCGGUCGGGCUCUCUACGCGUCGACGAACGCCGGCGCGUGGAUGGGGUUCGAGGCCCGCAUGAACGCGCAGCCGCUGUGGCAGCUGCAGGNCGGGCUCUCUACGCGUCGACGAACGCCGGCGCGUGGAUGGGGUUCGAGGCCCGCAUGA